AUGAUUGUUCUCACUCGUGAAUGGAUGAGAUCCUCGACCAACGUCUAUCUCACCGCGGUGGCCGCCUCGGACCUCAUCUACCUGACACACUCCCUUCUCUUCUCCCUGCAGGUUUACGCCGGAGCUCGACGUUGUAGCCUCUACAUGUACACGGUGCCCAUUAUUCACGGCACAGCAAAUCUCUUCAGUAACAUGACUACCUGGCUGACUGUCAGUUUUACAAUUGAGCGGUUCAUUAACAUUUCAUUCCCCAUUUUUGGACACCGGUUCUGCACGCGUCGCAAGGCUCGCGUGGCUGUCAUUGUGGUCUGUAUAGCCAGCUUCAUCUUCACAUUUCCGGAUUACCUGCAAAACAAGGUCGUGCCCCAGACCUACGCAAACGGCAGUCUAGUGCCGGAUGGGAUGUACAUCGUCACAGCCUCCAAGUACCAUAAAUUACUCACAGCUUGCGGCUAUGCUUUCAUCAACCAGACGGCCUUUGUAAUACUGCCACUCCUUCUUCUCACCGUCUUCAAUACUCUCCUCAUUUUCAAAGUGCUGUCAGCCCACCGAAGACGGCGUGGUAUGUCUAAAUCCCCCGAGGGGGAGGAGGAGAACCGAAAGGGCACCUCGGGCACCAGAUCUCUUGUUGCCCGCCCAGCGCCAUGUCCGGCAGGCGCGCAGGAUGGUAUUGGAGCCUUCCAGCAGAGAACCAUGAACGCAGUCAUUAACACAUCUGUCGCCGUGGCCAAAAUUAAGCCGCGAAAGUCAGGUUUUGGCGAACAACAACGCAUUACUAUCAUGCUAAUCGCCAUCGUGGUGGCGUUUCUCCUUCUUCAGAUGCCCAGCACCGUUCUCAACAUUCUCGGCAGUCUCAUAGACAUUGACUCGCGUAGAAAAGACUUGCAGUUCGCCUCCAUGUUAAUUAUUUUUUCCAACAUCUCGAACGUUCUUCUCUUUUUUAAUGCCACCAUGAAUUUCGUGUUUUACUCCCUUUUUUCGCUGAAGUUUCGUACUACCUGUAAGGCCCUAUUCCAGGGUUCAAAGUGCAGAGCGGAGUUCUACUCAUUGCAAUCAAAGAUGAACAGCACUUUCAAAAGGAGUUACUCUGCAGCGCCGAGGACAGGAAGUAAAAGUGAUCGGACACCUGCCGUUGAGAUACCACCGCUGGAACAUUGUCCUACCUGA